AGAAAAACUGUCAGUGAACAGGAUGGGGAAGACGCACAAACGGCAAAACACGAAUGAAACGUAGUAAGAAGUAGUAAAAACAACUUGUGAAGUUACUCAUGCCAUGUGUGGAGCUCUCAGCGGUAUGUAAUAGUGCCUUACAGAAAAACUGCAGUUCGUGUUUUUCCCUGCGAUAAGAGUAUCAGCCACUUUCGGAGGAUGUCAGCCCCAAGUAACUCUCUCCAGCAGCCGAGAGUGAGGCGCAGCAAUGCGGGUUCCCCUGGUUCGUUCAACAACAGCAGCUGCCGCUUGCACCCCAUCCGUGCCACCGUGCCCUAUCAGCUCUUGAGUGGGGGUCAGAGCAGUCCGACACGGGCUCAAACCCACCACGGAGGAGCCACGACGACCAGCCGGGUGUCAAGUCCCCCCUCCAGUCCGACACUCAGCUCAGGAAGUGCAAACGCUAAGCAAAGACUGUCCCCCGAAAACAAGGAGUCGUCCUGUCCCCCAGAUUCUCCAGUUUCCAGAGCAGAAAGGUCCAAACUACAAGUCCGGAGUUCUAGCGCCAUCCGAAGGGCGUCUUCUUUGGACGCCAUCACCGGACCAUACCUCACUGGCCAGUGGCCUCGGGAUGCCCACGGACCCUACCCCUCCUGUAUGAAAGACAAAGCCACGCAGACCCCGGGUCUCUGGAUUGAUGAAGGCGCAGAGCUGGGAAGUCCUCACCAGCGCUCAGCCUCGUGGGGGAGUUCAGACCAUCUGAAAGAGCAGAUCGCCAAACUGAAGCUGCAGCUGCAGCGUGGCAAACAGGUCACCCGGCAGAGCAAAGACCGGGAACAGACCUCCUUGCACCUGCCACAGGCGGUUCAGCACGGUGCAGCGCACCAAUCACCGUUCAAAGGAACUUCGACAGCUCUGAUGACAACCCCGUCGCCAAAAUCCCUCAUAUGUCGAGUGCCGAGCAGCGCGGAGGCCUUGAAUCACGAGUUGGAAAAUGUGUUCAUCAGAGAUGACUGGGAGCACGGGAUGCAGGCCAUGGAGGCGGUAGACGGCCGCCGCGCCCCCGUCCCUCCGCACCGCUGCAGUCACAGUGGAGAGACACGCGACACGGAUACUCAGGCCCCCUCGAGCGGUGAAUCCAGCCCGUCACCUCGCCCCUGCAGCUCCCACCACCUCCACUCCCCCGAUGGAAGCCCCUGUUCUGCAGAGGAAAUCGAUAAAGACAGCUUUUGCUGCUCACCUCUCCCCAAGUUCGCCACUUCUCCCAAGCCUAACAACAGCUAUAUGUUCAAACGGGAACCUCCAGAGGGAUGUGAGAGGGUCAAAGUGUUUGAUGAGUUUGUGUCUGGCAAAUCCAAAGGCUUCCCUCUGUUCUCGUGUCCCGAUAAAAACAAGGUGAACUUCAUUCCUCGGGGCUCAGCCUUCUGCCCGGUCAAACUCCUCUGCUCCUCCCUGUUCCCCCCCAUCUCCUCCUCCAUCAGCUCUGGUCUCCAUAGCAACAGCAGCCUGGGCUCUCAGACGACCCCGACUCCUCCCACAUCGCCAGUGGCUACCUUCUCUGCCUCUGCUGACUGGAACGUGGACUCGAGUGGCGGCGGGAAGCCGGAGGGCAACACGGAGAGCCCCGACGCAGACGUAGGAAGGGACGGUUCAGCACAAGUAUUCCUAACCAGCUAGUCCUCAGGUAUUCAUAACCAAACCAACAAAUGAAUCAUUGCAACUAGUCAGUGGGUUUGGUUUUAGAGUAAGAAAAGAAAGAAAACAACAAAAAAAACUUGCACUCCAAUAAUCCUAACGUUAGCCAGCAGGGAGUGCCCAAGGUCUGGGGAUAACGGUACCUGGUGUGUUCUUGGGCCCCGUCUCGCUCCACCCAUCACUAACAUAACUUUCUCGGAACCAUUAAGCAAAUACUUUUGCGUUAUUGCGCAGCAGGUAGAACGGACUGCUGAGGUUCUUGUUCUGUCUAGAGUUAGAAAAUUCUCAAAAAACUAAAAGAAAACCCAAAACUUUAAAGUGACACGAGCUGUUUGUGUUAUCUGGCCGGCUUGUUGGCUGUUUUGUUUAUCUGGGUCUCAGACGGGAGACAUGUUGGCACACUGAGCUUUAUCUCACUUCUGUCUGAAUGUAUUUGUGUCCAGAAGCUCCACCCAGCUGCCUCUCAAAUCCAAACCUGCACGCCUCAUUUGGUCACCAAUCACAAAGCACACUGCCCCCCCCCACAGCAAUAACUCAGGUCAUGUGAAACGUACUUGCUGUGAAUGUUACCUUUCUCCAGUGUUCAUGAUGUUCUCUAGAAUUGACGUAGCCUUUAGCUGAAAGGUAAAACCGUUUUCCCAGCAAAGGAAGGUUCUUCCAGACUGAAUCCUUGAAUGAUGUCUACGGUUGUGACGUUUGACUCGAGUUAACCUGCUCACGUUUAAGUUUCAGGUGCUACCACACAUUCCAGAGAUCGCUGUUGCGUUGGCCAACCGUGAGCUCAAACAUAAACAAAACGAGCUGCAUAAGCUACACCUUCAUGCAAAUUAAUCAACAAUAAUAUAUUUAAAAUUUAUUUUUUACCCUUUUGUUAGAAGUGUACCAAAGCAAACUAUAAAACGGCGAAUGAACGGUCGUUUUGGGACUCGAGGGGAUUUAUUUUGUGCCAGAUGCGGAAUGUUUGUUUCAUUUUGUUUUAAAGAAUUCAGUAACAAAUGAAUAUACACACGUGGUUUUUAUUAAAUCCAGGUCUAAGCACUUAUUGGAAAGGAAAAGAUGAUCACCAUUUUGUACCGUAGACCAGCUUGUUCAUUAAAACAAUCAGAACAAUGUGCAAUUGAUUUUUUUGUGGGGCGUUAAGAGAAACGUCUAACUCGGUCAGCCAUGUGACGCCCGAAGCUUCCUGCUGAUUUUUCAUUGAGAAACAAAACAUGCAACUGUAACCUGAUCAUUAUUUAACUAAAUGCUUUCUCUACUUGCACACAAAAACAAAACCAACAUGUGCAACAUUCCACACGACGCUCGGCUCUGCUGCAGCUUCAUGAGUUUACUAAUCCUGAUCUGAUUCACAAAGCUCGUUGUGCUGAGCAGUUGAGACACGGUUGUCAUGAUUUGCGACGAUAAUUCAUUUCUCCUGUGUUUUACAUGUUUUUAUGUAGAUCUUGUGUGUUUUUUCAAUAAAGAAAAGAAAAAAGCCA